AUGUUGUUCUUGACGGUGCUGCGGCUACUUGCAUCAACCGUGUUUGCAGCCAUUUGUGGGUGGUCAUCAUUGCCUCUCUGCACUCGACUUGGCAAUGUCUUCAUGAUAUGGCCACCACCCCCAUGGGAUGCGACUUACGACUAUGUGGUCAUUGGAGGCGGUACAGCAGGCGUCACAGUGGCUUCGCGCCUGGCCCAAGAGGGAUUCCACGUUGCCCUUGUCGAGGCUGGAGGCUACUACGAGUGGUUGCAUCCACUCUCCAAAAUCCCGGGUGCGGCAACAAUUGGAAUUGGGGCUGACAUCUCCACGGCAUCCUCGGUGGACUGGAGGUUUGUUGCUGAGAAAGUCCCUGGAGCCAACUAUCGGAAUAUUCAUUAUCCUCGAGGGAAGUGCAUGGGAGGGUCAUCAGCGUUGAACUUUAUGAUAUAUCAACGUCCCUCCAAAGGCGCAAUGAAUCAAUGGGCCGAACUGGUGAACGAUCCCAGCUAUAAAUUCGACAACAUUUGGCCAUAUUUCAAACAGACUAUAACCUUCACUGCCCCAACCUCUCGAUCUGACAGUACCAGAACACCAUACAACGGGUCGGCCUUUGAGGAUUUUGGUGAGCCGCUGCAGGUUUCAUAUCCCCAGUAUGCAAUGCCUUUCUCCCGCUGGGUCCGCAGGGCGUUGACCGCAAUUGGCAUUCAAGAGGUUGAGGACUUCAACAGCGGUUCACUCAUGGGGCACCAGUUCUGCUCCAUGACCAUUCGUCCAACGGACGCAUCACGAAGUAGUUCGGAGACUGCCUUCCUUCAAUCUCCCCAGGAUUUGGAAACACUGUCUAUCUACGAGAAGACACUGGCGAAAAAGAUUUUAUUUGAUUGGGGAAAUCGAGCUCACGGUGUGAGAGUCCACGGGAUGUGGGAUUACACAUUAUGGGCCACCCGUGAAGUCAUUCUAUCUGCAGGGGCCUUUCAGUCUCCCCAGCUGCUGAUGUUGUCGGGAAUCGGCCCUGAAAGUGUCCUUCAAGAGCACGGGAUCAAGCCAAUUGUGACUCUAUCUGGAGUUGGGCAGAAUAUGUGGGAUCAUAUCUUUUUCGGUCCAUCCUAUCGGGUUGCUGUUGAUACAUUCUCUCGGAUGGCUCAGAAUCCAGCUCGACUGGCCAGUCAGGUGGCAACUUAUCUAUUCUCUCAUAAUGGGAUGUUGACGAACCCUUCGACGGACUAUCUCGCGUUUGAGAAGCUUCCGGACCGGUCAAGGUAUACACUGACUGACCAGGAAGAGGAAAUUCUCUCUUGGUUUCCCAAGGAUUGGCCCGAGAUUGAGUAUCUAGCAGCCUCUGCCUUUGUCGGAAAUUUCUCAAAUCCUUUUUUCCAGCAACCCCGUCAUGGUCAAUAUGCCUCCAUCAUUGCUAGCAUUGUUGCUCCAACAUCUCGUGGCAAUGUGACCCUUCGCUCUGGCAACGUGGCCGAUCUCCCAGUGAUCAAUCCAAAUUGGUUGGAUACAGAGAUAGAUCAAAAAUUGGCCGUGGCAGCAUAUAAACGGAUGCGCGACAUGUUUCGAACUUCAGCAAUGAAGCCUAUAUUGCAUGGGCCGGAGUACUUCCCAGGGCUUGAGUACCAAAGUGACGAGGAGAUCUUAGAGCUCAUUAAAAGCACGCUGAUGACUAUUUAUCAUGCAUCUUGCACAUGCAAGAUGGGCACUCGGAAUGAUAGCAUGGCUGUCGUCGAUCAUCAGGCGAGAGUUUUUGGUGUCACGGGGCUGCGGGUGGUGGAUGCGAGCGCAUUUCCAUUACUUCCACCUGGUCAUCCCCAGUCAGUGGUUUAUAUGCUUGCAGAGAAGAUCGCAGCCGACAUCAUCGGGUCAUAG